AUGCUGCUACUUUCCCUACUUCUGCCGCUCCUGAGCGCGACCCCGGCGUUCGCCAACGUGGAGAAAAUCAUCUUCACUGCUCCAGCAUCCGUCAAUAUUCCCCUUGCCCCGCCGUCCCUGUCUGACCUGAACCUCCACACGCUCUCACCCGAGAAGCUAUCGAUCCGCACAAGCUUGGACCGCGUCUUUCCCGUUGACAAAGGCAAUUCGUCUCAGGGGGAAGCAGGCUGGGUGCUCCUCGACAACCUAGUAGAGGGUCAGCGAUAUGAAUUUCACGUAAGCUGGGCCGCCAAUGAACCAACUCUGUUCGAUUUGGACUACUAUGAGCUUGAUACAGUCUGGGACACACCGGCGCUCAUACAAUCCGUGGCGGAGUAUGCAAGUUCCCGAUGGUCCGGCGCCGACGCUGCGACGCCAUCCAAGUUGGAACGUCGCUCGACCGAAGGUGGCGGUGAGCGCACCGCCUCCGUUCUGCUCGUCCGCAUCCGAGCUGCGGCAGAUUAUUUUGUCGACGACGUGGAGCUCAUGAAGAAUCCUCCGCCCGUGCUGGUCGACCUCGUCCUAGACCCCUUCUUGUACAACGUCAUCAACCAGUCUCUGGUGCCGACCGUGGGAUACCUCAUUAUCGUUGGCGUCGUCACUUGGUUCGCAGCUCGAUGGCUUGCUUCCCGUCUGCAGGCUGUUGCCGGCACCCCCGGGGACCAACAGCGCAAGCAAUGGAAGAAGAACUGA